AUGGCAACUAAAAAAAUCAUGACCAUCCAAGAACUUCUUGGUAGAACUCUCACGGAAGAUGUAUCCAUACCGCAGGGCCCUCCUUUGAAUAUACCAUUCAUUUCUGACCAAGAAAAACCCGAAAAGGACCAACUUACUGAGAUGGUGGCAAGUAGUUCAUCCAUUGUUAGUCAAAACGUCACUAGAACAAAUGGUGCUUUGCAAAGUGCGGAUGAUGUUUCUAUUAAGCAAAAACUAACCAUGGAUCCAAUUAUUGCUUAUCAGCUAAGAAAAAAUGUGGCAAACAUUAUUCACCAGCAAAGAGAAGCAGUAGAUCAGAUCAUUGAGGAACUACAGGAUGACCACUAUAAGGUGAUAGGAAUCUAUGGCAUGGGGGGCAUGGGUAAGACCACUCUUGCCGUAGAAGUAGGGAAAUUGGCUAGAGACUGUGGAAUUGUUAAGAGAGUUAUAAUGGCUCUAAUUGCGGAUAUGUUAUGUUACAGAUUUGAGGAGGAAAGCACAUUAGGAAGAGCAGGUAGACUUUAUAUGCAACUGUCCAUGGAGAGCGUACUUCUCAUACUGGACGAUGUUUGGUCAUACAUUGACUUAGCAGAGAUAGGGAUCCCUCAUGGUGAUGAGCACAAGGCCUGUAGGAUUAUGCUUACCACGCGACAAAAAGAUCUAUGCACAGCUAUGGGGACCAAAGGAAUACCAUUGAGACUUUUAUCAAAAGAAGAAUCGUCACAUUUACUGAGGAAAUAUGCUUGCACGAGCACUUCAGACCUUUGUCCGGAGUUGGAUAGCAUGGUCAUAAAGUUUGUUAAAGAAUGUCAAGGCCUUCCAUUGGCACUUGUGACUGUUGGAAGUGCAUUACGAGGAAAAGAACAAGUGGAGUGGGAAGCAGCGCUACAGCUCCUUAAGAAGUCCCAACCCUUUACCCCCACUUAUGCAAGCAAGACCAUUUUCUCCUGCCUGGAGUUGAGCUACAAUUUUUUGGAAAAUGAGGAAAUCAGGUUGUGCUUUCUGAUGUGUUGUUUGUACCCAGAAGAUCAUGAAAUAAGUAUUGAAGACUUGACUAGAAACUGGACAGGAAAAGGAUUGUUCUCAAAUGUGGACACUAUUGAAGAAGCUAGAGCCAGAGUGUUCUUAAGAGUUGGCCAACUUAAAUCCUCUUGCCUGUUGCUUGAUAUUGGGAAGGAGGGUUUCGUUAAAAUGCAUGAUGUUGUUCGUGACUUUGCUAUAUAUAUAGCAUCUGAAGAGAAGCAUGGAUUCAUGGUAAGAGCUGGUCACAAUCUGAAUAAGUGGCCACAAAGGGAGUCAUUCAGCCAAAAAACAGCUAUUUCCUUCAUGAACAACAAUAUCCAUGUGCUUCCAACUGAUGUACAUUGCCCCAAUCUUCAAAUUUUACAUCUUGGAGAAAAUGAAGGUCUUGAACAGAUACCAGUCGACUUUUUCAUGCAGAUGAAAACACUCCAGGUUUUGGAUUUAAGUGAAAGGGUUGGUGUCCAUUCACUAAAUCCUCACUAUCAGUUGGUCCCGAAUGCCACAAAAAAAAAUACAUUUCCCCUCAGUUUUCCAUCAUCCGUUGAAGUUCUCACAAACCUGAGAACUUUACGUUUAGACCACUGCAGGUUAGCUGAUGUAUCUAUUCUUGGAAAAUUAAAGGGCCUGGAAAUUUUAAGUUUAUACGGGUCCUCUAUCACACAACUUCCAAAUGAAUUUGGGGACUUGGUUAAUUUGAGGCUAUUAGAUUUGUCAUUCUGUGGGUACCUUCAGAAAAUCCCGGAGAACUUGAUAUCGCGUCUUGUUCAAUUAGAAGAACUUUAUAUGGGUUGGAGUUUUCGAUUGUGGCAGCUAGCUGAUGGAUCCGCUAAAGGGAGUGGCCAAGCAAGCUUGUCUGAGCUAAUGUCACUGCCCCAAUUACACAUUUUGUGUGUGGAAGUCUCCACCCUUCUAGCUUUCCCUGAGAACUUUGAUCUUCCUAGCUUACACAAGUUUGAGAUAACAGUAGGUUACCACUCAGCUAUAUGUCAUCCAAACUCUAGGAGGUUCUAUCUUAGAGAAAUAAAGACUGGUAUACCAAAUGGGAUGAAUCAUAUGCUUCAAUUCUCAAAUGAAUUGACAAUGUUCUGUGCAUCCAAGGUAAUACUGAAAAGUAUCUUUGAUGUCGAAGGGGGCUUAAAUCACUUGAAAACUCUUGAAAUAACUGCCAAUGAUGACAUUACCUAUUUCAUUGAUGAGGUUCUUCAUAGCGAUGCACCUUUAGUUUUAGGAUCUUUGGAGAAAUUACAUCUUCGGACGUUCAAGAAGCGAUAUUCACUUUCUGUCCACUCAAUUAAACCGGAGGCUAUCAAGUAUUGA